GAUCAACUAACAUUCACCAACCUAAUUGUUAAUUGCCAUGAAGACUGCAUUAUUUGUAUCCAUGGCAGCCGCCGUGUCUCUCGUCAUGGCACAGAAUGAACCGAGAGAUGCACCAUUCUAUUGGACACAGCCUCAAAAAUUCAUGUCCCCUUACGAAAAGACCGGCAAGAUGGAACAGUACGGUCGUACUGGUGUGGCAGCAAUGCAUGCUGUCUUGCUAAAUGAAAAAACUGUCUUGAUUAUCGACAAAGCUGAAUGGAACGAAGCUCAAUUUGAUUCUGGACAGAGUGCUUAUUCUGUUCAAUACGAUCUUGAGACAAACGACUACAGAGCUUUGCCUUUGGAAACAAAUACUUUUUGCUCAGCUGGUGGUUUCCUUAGCAACGGUACAUUUAUCAGUACCGGCGGUGGUGAGAAGCGUGGUCGUACAUGGAAGGCAGAGUCGGGAUGGCAAUCUAUCCGUCACUUCACACCUUGCACUGACAACACUUGCGAGUGGAGCGAAUACAAGACUGGUUUGAUGCAGAACAACAGAUGGUACCCCACUGUCGAACAAUUGCCAGAAGGAGAUAUCAUCAUUGUCGGUGGAUCUACAAAGGGUACUGCGUUUAACCGUGACGAGAUCAACGUUCCGUCAUAUGAAUUCUGGCCACCAAGAUCGGGCGGUGAAAUCCAUUUGCCUUUCCUUGAAGAGACCAUGCCUUACAACUUAUAUCCCUUUGUAUUCCUUCUUCCAGAUGGCAAUCUAUUCAUGUUUGCUAAUAACCAGUCCAUGAUCUUUGACUACCACAACAAUCGUGUUGUGAAGAAGCUUCCUGAUAUUCCCGGCACACCAAGAUCCUACCCUCUCACAUCUGGCGCUGUCAUGCUUCCUCUCGACCCUGCAAACAAUUACAAUGUCGAGAUUCUGAUUUGCGGUGGUUCAGAGAACAGAAAGAACAAUGCAAAGGCUGAUGACACCUGCGGCCGCAUCAACCUUGGCGACGAAAACCCACAGUGGGAAAUGGACACAUUUGUCCACCCACGUUUAAUGCCCGAUGGCGUCAUCUUGGCCGAUGGCACUACCCUGUGGGUCAAUGGAUGUCAGCGCGGAUGGGCCGGAUACAACAACCGUAACCACGAUCCUACCUUUGACCCUAUUAUCUACGACCAAGACAAAAAACUAGGCAACCGCUGGACCACCGGAUUGGCUAACACUGACAUUGCACGCAUGUACCACUCUGUUGCCCUGACCCUUCCCGAUGGACGAGUCUGGAUUGCCGGCUCUAACAAUGUCGAUCCCCCGGAUCUUUUGGCCGAGUACCCCACCGAAUUCCGUGUCGAAUACUUCUCGCCACCUUAUCUGUUCAAGGGUUCUGUCCGUCCCUUGAUUUCCAAUGUACCCAAGGUGGUUACCUAUGGCGAGAAAUUUAACAUUCUUUUGAACCUUGGAACUCUUGCCGAAGAAAACCCUGUGAUGAAGGUUGCUAUCCUUCGUACUGGUUUCAGCACUCAUUCUAUGCACAUGUCACAACGCUAUGUGAUUCUGAACCACAAGGUCUCGGACGACAUGCAGUCUAUCGAGAUCGAAGCCCCUCCAAGAGCCACAAUUUUCCCUCCAGGCUCUGGCUUCCUUUAUGUAUUAUGCAAUGGUGUACCUGCCAAGGCCGCCGAGCUUUUUGUCGAAAAAGAUAUCAAUGACUUGGCGAUCUAAAUAAGAAGACAUUUUGUUCUUUCCUUCUUUUCUUCUCAUCAUCUUUAAUACCUCUCUCUCUCUUUAUCUUUGUGUUCUCUUUCUAUAUUAUUAUUACUAUUUUCCUUUUUACUUAUUCCCCAAAUAUCUAUUCUGUAAACAUUACCUACACAUUUUUUUUUUGUUUUUUGUCUUUUUUUUUAUUCUUUCUUGUUUACAUACAAAUUACCCGUAAAUAAAGAAAACAAUCAUAUAUCAACUUU